GCCACCCCCCGCAUAUUCCAAUCAUGCCUAAGGUUAAGCCCGGCAAAAAGUUAAGUCAGAGGAAGUCUACUCGUCGUUCGGUCCGAGAUGCCGGCAGCCAGCCUUCUCCUGUCGACCUCGCGACAGACGUCGGCCAAGUUUUUAGUUCGACGCAGAGCCCAGCUGCUGGAAGUUCGGCGUCGACAAGCAACGUUAUUUGGAGUUUCAACGUGGGCCGUGUCAGCCUUCCACGGAAUCGUACGAGAGGAAGGGGGCGAAUCACUUUUCGCUGACGUGGUCAGACCAACUCUAAAUGGGGGCGGGCCCUCACAACUCGGCGCGUGCCCGAGUCCUAAAGCUCAAUACAUCCGCCAACAUGAGGACCCUUGAUUUCUUUGUCGCGGAGCGAUAUCACUGGACAAACAGCUGUUUUACCUCCGUCAAGCAAUCGCUGGCUCGGACGUCGCGAACGAUUGGACCUUUUUUAUGAGCAGAUGUUAUAACCUGAAUACAUUAUCCAGAACUCACACGUGGACUCAUGAGAUUUCAAGUUACCACAACUUCACUAUUUAGUUGAUAAGCCCCGCCCCCCCCUUUUCAUAGAACAUUAGACUCUUCGCCAGUGAACUGAAUGAGCAAUAUUCCUGCUGGAUGGUAUAAUGGUAUAAUGCGUCCUCGUUCGUUUAAUGCACCCCCCCCCCUCUUUCCCAGCUUCUUAGCGUGGACCUUGUACAUACAGCAUGGUUGGAACUAUUGCAUCAUAUUGUGUUGUGGCGGCGGGCUGACGAUGAGUCAUCCCGUUUGGCGGCAUUCCAUUUUUUGCCACAACACAUUAUGAUUCUUCACUUAUUAUGGGCUUCCUGAGAUAAUAAUUUUCAGUUAUUUAGACCAAUUUCGUAUAUUCCACUCCUCAGGUUAUAAUGUGAACGGGGCUUGGUUCGUCACCCGAUUUGGAUGAGGCCACCAGCGAAUUCCAUUUAGGACCGAACAUUAACGUUGCCUCGUUCACAUUCUAGUUCGGGGCCGUUGGUGGGGCUUCUGAGCACUAGUUUCUGUUUUAAAAGUUUUCCUGCAUAAGCUCGUGUUGCAAACGGGAAUCUUUGCUUCGUAGCUUUGCAGAUGGAUUUUUACGUUUCCCACAUUUGGCCAACAUGACAAACUGGUGUCUUUGUCAUGAAUGUGGAUGGACUGUUUUAUUUUUCAAUUGAGGAGAUUGGUUUAAUAACUUAUAUUUUUCGCAUAUGACACA